CGAUAAUCAACGGAGAUGGGCCUAUCGGCAAGGGGUUAACUCCGAUGAGUUGUCGACUACGCAAUUGACAUUACAGUACUAACGCCACGACGACUACUCGUAUAUAUUCAGGGUCAAUCGUCAUUCUCUGUUCUUCCGCAACGAUCGGUACUUUUCAAACUUCGCUAUAUGCGCUUCAGCAUCUCCCCAAGGGCGCUGCACAACAUCAAGCCAUCUCACGUCACCAAUCAUUUCACGUCAAGCAGGGGAAUAAUUACCUUUUCCAAGCUCGCUGCCAGCCAAAACACCGUUCCGAGCCCAGCUGUCCAAACUGAACCAAGACCACUCACAAACCCAUUCAUUCUUCAUAGCACCACGGAUCAAUCAACUCGUACAUUCUCCACAACAACUACAAUGUCGUCAGAAAAUAAAAUGGAAUACACGCGCCUCGGCAAGUCCGGCCUGAAAAUUUCAAAGGUCAUUCUGGGCGCCAUGUCCUUUGGCAGUCCGGACUGGCAAGGAUGGGUUUUGCCCGAGGAGGAAGCCCUGCCAUUGCUCGAGCAUGCGUAUAAGGUUGGACUGAACACUUGGGAUACUGCCGACGUCUACUCGAAUGGCAAGUCGGAGGAAAUUAUCGGCAAGGCGCUCAAGAAAUACUCAAUUCCGCGAAGCAAGGUCGUCAUUCUAUCAAAAUGUUACUUUGGUGUCGAUCCGACGGGCGCGCAGCCACCCAUCAGCGCCUCGUCCACCAACGACGGCGACAACGUCAAUCAAGUUGGCCUGUCGCGCAAACAUAUCUUUGACGCCGUCGACGCCAGCGUUCAGCGACUUGGCACUUACAUUGACGUACUCCAAAUUCACCGGCUCGAUCGCGACACCCCGCGUGAGGAAAUCAUGAAGGCUCUCAAUGAUGUCAUUGAGAGCGGAAAAGUCCGAUAUAUUGGUGCUUCAUCCAUGGCAGCGUGGGAAUUUCAGACUCUCCAGAACAUUGCCUCUAGACACGGAUGGCACCAAUUCAUCAGCAUGCAGAACUACUAUAACCUCUUAUACCGCGAAGAAGAGCGCGAAAUGAUCCCCUACUGCCGCGACACCGGGGUCGGAUGUAUCCCAUGGUCACCCAUUGCUCGUGGCGUCCUGACCCGUCCUUGGGCCACGCGCGACACGAAGCGCGAAAAGACGGACAACUUCCUCAAGACGCUCAUUCGCAGCCGCGAAAAUGACAUUGACAAGGCCAUUGUCGAUCGGGUAGAGCAAGUCGCCAAGAAACACGGCGUGUCCAUGGCCACUGUUGCUACCGCCUGGGUCCUUUCCAAGUCGGGCGUCAACCCCAUUAUUGGUCUCAGUAGCAAAGAGCGCAUCGACGAGGCCGUCAAGAAUGCAAAAUUCAAGCUGCCUGAUGAGGAUAUUCAAUUUUUGGAAGAAUCCUAUCUGCCUAAACCGGUAACGGGAUACUGAGGAAAUAGUAUUAAACUCUGUGACUAGAGGCAGUUUUUACGACAGCGGUAAUAUGCAGUAAUAUAACAAGCAAAAUUACACCUUCACGGCUUGAUUUAUCUCCCUAGCACGGAUGAAUAAUAUGAAGAUGUGCAGCAAGGAAUAUUGUAUUAUGUGAGUUAUUCAUGUGAUUUAAUCGUUCUAUCCUGUACGGCGGAAGGAGUUUAAUGAAUCAGCGAGG